AUGGGUGCUAAAUUUACCAUCUGCUGCUGCCGCUACUAUCUGAAACACAGCAGAGAAGAGAAGAAGGCUAUUUUGCGUAUGCGCACCACCACAGCUUCCAGACAACCAGAUCUGUUAUCCAGUGAUUCCAGCGACAGUGACACAGAGGAGGAGAGCCUUUUUGGGCCACAGCCUUUGAAAAGGAGCCCAUGGAGCAGCAGUCCGAGCCAAAAGAGCCCUGCUGAUCUGCGGGCCAGCAUAAACAGACCAUGUGACUCUCCCAUCAGGCGAGGAUCUGACAGAGAGUUACAGGCUCUUAUCAGCAUGAGAGACCGGGCUGACAAGGCUACAGAGGAAUGGGAGAAGCUGAAUUAUGACAUACACGCUUUGCGCUAUGCAAGACGAGAGGUCAGAUCUCGAUGGAAGAAAAUCUUGUUGCACUUAGGUUAUCAGUGUGAGGUGGAUGCCUUGUUGUGUGUGAACAGACAGAGCCGGUUUGGUCGAGAUCGGAAGCAUCAUGAUAGAGCCACUGAACUGUUGAAAGAGCUGCUGGACCACACCUCUCUGUUCCCUCCUGGAGCAGGACCCCAGCACAGAUACCUUGAUGUCAUGGACUGCCUGGUGUCAUUGGACAGUGCUGAGGACUUUGUCAGACUGGCCAAAGAAAAAUAUCCCAAGAAAUAA